AUGGUUAAAAGAACUGCUACUCAAAUUCUCGAAAGCCCUAUAAACAAGGAAAUUAAGUUAUCUUGCGCUAAUAUUUGGGGAUAUUUGAUAUCUUCACGCGGUGUAAUUACUUUAGAUAAAAUUUUUUAUAUGUUUGGUGACAACGAGGAGCUUGAGGGAAACUACAUGUAUUUAGAAGGAUGUGAAGAAGUAUUUUUCGCAGGAAUAAACUAUGUGAGUUAUUAUCUUGAAAAUUCAUAUUCAUCGAUGAAAGAAACGGGGCUGCAAUCGAAAAUUUGUGAUGGUAUACAAAGAAAAGAAAAGAAUAAUUGGGUAAAAGUGGCACUUAAGGAAAGAUUUGUGUUACAAGAUGGAAUGAUAUUGCUAUUUAAACGUCGACAGGGAUUUGAAAUAUACGAAUUUCGCUCCGAUUGCGGUUGUAAAACUUGCGUUGUGAAAGCGCAUGAAAUUUUUCAAGAUUACGAAUCCAAAAAUAACUACUUGAUAAUGGAUUGGAUCAGAUACAAAUCAUUGUCAACAUGGAUAAAGAAGAAAGGCCAAGAUAAGGGUGAUAUUAUAAGAAAUAUCAUCAAAUGUCUGGGGCCAGUUCUAAAUUCUAUUCAUGAAAGAGGAUGGCUACAUAGAGAUAUAAAGCCAGAAAACAUUCUUGUAGAGAAUGAAAGUCCUCUUGUAUUAUUAAUUACGGAUUUUGGAAUGAGUUGCAAAAUAAGCUCAAAUCCAAGUGAUAAAAACGGCACACCAUUAUUUUGUGCACCCGAGGUUUGGCAAAAUAAUCCACAAAAUGAAUCCACAGAUUGGUGGUCCAUGGGACACCUAAUCUAUUGCUGUUAUGAAGGGGAAUACCUAUUGAAACCUGUUAAAUUAGGUUUGAAAGAAAUGUUGAUGGAGAUUGAACACAGGUUGCAAACGAUAAAGGACGGGGAUGAGCCCGUAAUUAACAAAAUGAUAGAGGGAGGACAUGAAGAUGGUAACCAAAACACUGUUUGA